CCGCUACUACAGAAAGAAGGGGGGAGAGGGUGGGGAGAGGAAGGCACUCAUCUGCUGGGCAGCAUCUGUCGUUUGAAUCGCAUCAGUCGCCCAGGCGAAGGCUUCUCUCUGAGACGCAGAUACAAAUAAUAUGACUCAUACGUCCCUAUGGAAAAAAGACAAGCCAUCGAAUGCACUAUACAAAGCAAUAAUGACCGCUGAGUAUUUAUUACACACUCAUUUGCAUUUUGCGCGUAUAUCUGGUAUAUGUUAGCUUUAGUUCUUGCGGAUCCAGGGCAGUAUUAGGUGCAUUUGUUCGAUAAGCUUCCCAAUGGAAUCCCUUUUCAUAAGCAUAAAAAUGCUUUGUCUACACCCAAACAAUGGAUGGACGCCAUAAAUCAUGAUCAAUAUCUUCACACGCGAGGAAAACAUCUGACGUUAACCCUCAGACCCUUUAUGCUUGUGAGCUUGCAAUAACUUGGCUUGCGAGUUAGGAAACACUGGCCUUGGGGGAUGGCUGGGUUAAGUAGAAAAUGUCAUUUCGCUUGAGGAUAUUAUCAUUACCGCUAACCGCUGCCAUUGAACUUUUUCUAAGCAAGCAAUACGGGGACAUCUCCGUAAGCAUUAUCCCUGCCCACAGAAUAAGUGUUUACUAUUAUACUCAUAGAAACGGAGGAGACUCACGGGGGUAUGUGCAUGAGAGAUUUUUUUUGAGGAACAAAAGUCUAAAUGCCGCAUGGUGAAACUUGACCCCCUGUGGCUUCCGUUGAAAAGAGUCGUGUUUAGCGACAAAACACACAGGCCUCAGGGUAUCAUCAUUGACGCAUGGCUGGACUUGAGCGCGAAAGAGUGAUUUGAUUUUUAUCAAACAGGGUUUUGUUUCGGUAAUUAUCGGGCACGCCCUUCUGUUCAUAAACAGAUGAUAAAAAGCUUUAAGGAUCAGACAGCGAGUUUACCAUCACAAAAUGAUACUGUUAAACGCAAGAAAAUAAUCAAUCGGUUAUAAGGCGAGUAAAACAGAUUAUUCCAAUGAAAUAUUUUCAAUCAAGUGUUUAGACGCGUGGAUUCUAUUCCUUGAAAAAGACUGUAUUUUACAAUGUAAACAGUAACUUUCUGGAUUUAAAACGUAACACGUUGUUGUGGACCCCCGUUUUUAAAGAGAUCGUUUACGGGCUGAUGGAUUCCCGAUUUUUAAAUGCUUUAAAGAUUAAUCCGUUGCUCAAAAUUCUCGCCAAAGUCAUAAUAUAGCACACGCCAAGGUCGGGUUUCUGAAGUAUUUGUUUUCUUAAAAAGACAAAAAUGCUCAAAUUCUCGCUUCUUUAUUUGAACUCACUUUUGCUUUCUCUGUGGUAUACAGUAUAUGUAAUGUAAUCUGUCACGCAAGACGUAACGUGUAAUUUAGAUCACGAUCUAUCACGACAAAACAUUUUCUCGCAAGAGAUAAUGCCAUGCGCGGAUCAUUGCCAAGACCGCUAUAUUCUCUUACCCGCGCAGAGUUUAGCGACAGUAAUAGCGAUAGAGACACACAUGUCCCCUCCGGUUUGGCCUUUCAAUGGCCGUGAAUAGGCCCGACCCAGUCUGUACACCAGUACACUCCCUUUGUUAAAAGAAUCUUUUUAAUAACAACGUCCAGCUUGAGGAUUUCACCAAUAUCUUGAGGCUCAGAUAGUAAGAAAAAUAUUGCUUUGUUUUGUAAGCGUUCUAAAUGCAGAAUCAAAUUGUGUUUAUAACACUCUCAUAUAUUAUUGUUAUUGAUCAUUUGUGUCAUUUUCUAGAGGUUAUUGAACAGUUCGUAGUCACGGCCGGACGAGUUCUGCGUCCGCGUAUAGUUUUUUUCGAACUCAGUGCAUAUUAUUAUAUACAUUGACAGUCUUAAAAGAACAUAAGCACGGCCCGCUGCUUUAAAUGAACAUUUUAGCAGAUCUUAUAUAACAAUGUAUACACUCCAAAAGUGUAUUAUUGCUUUGUCAAUCUAAACACAAAGCAAAAGAAAUGGGACAAACACCAUGCCCUACUAAACCACUCAUAAAUUUCUUGUCCCCUUGAAUUCAUGCGGUUUGUCUUACAGUUUUUUAAAUUAAGUUGAGUUAAGGUUAAAUUUGUAUAGCUUUUGUUGUGAUAAGCGGCACAAGCCAUUCAACACAACAGACACCCGCUCUUAUAAAAGACUGUCUGGGGGGUUAUCAUGAAGUAUUGCUUUAUCUGUUGCAUAUUUUAGAUGUUGUUAUAUUAUUUACCGACAAUCUCGAAAAAAACUAUAAAAACUUUUCCAGUGUGUGAAGUUGUUUCUUGACACUCAGUUGCGAGCUCCAUUUUAAUAAGCACUCCCCCCUCCCGCCCCUUUAACGCUCUCUUAACAAGUCAGAGAUUUUGAGAAGCCGGAGUAAACUCCAAAGUCUAGGGGGUUUAAGGCCCCCUUUGGGCUGUCAUAAAGCCAUAUGUAACAAAAAUUACUCCCCGCUCCCCCACUGGGCCAAACCUCCCUUUUAGAGAAAAGCUAGAUCCGCCCUUACCAACUUUUUGGCAAAUCUUCCCGACAUUCCUCAGUAACAGACCCGGCGAGUAAAAAUUUCCCGGCAGGUUUUUACGUGGCAAAUUUCUCAUCAGGUCGAUGGAUUAUCCCAAGUUUUUUUAAAUGCCUAUUUGCGUUCCCCACCAGGAGAGGGAAAUUGUACCAGAAAAGGAAAACUAUGCCUGGAAAAGUCUGAGACUCAGCAGGUGCCGAAAAGGCAAAAAAUCUGUCUAGGGUUAAAAUCUUAUAUCCUCGUUUUCCAGGAAACUAAUCCAACUUUCUCCGAAGAAAACAUUUUGUCGUGAAGAAAAAAGUUUGCCGUAAAAAAAAGAAUGUGCCGUGAAGAAAAAAAAGUGGCGUGUAGUUCAUUAUGCCAUCAAGUAAUCAAGUUUUGUUGAAAAUAAAUCAAAGUUUUGCCAACGUUUUACCACUCUAGGUUCGAGAUAUCGAGGGUACGAGUAAGCAAGAGUUCAAGUUAUAGAGGGUUUGUGAAAACACAGUGAAGUUCGUCCCUCAUGGAAUCCAGUCCCAGGAACUAACCCAAGGCCAGAGCAAGGAUUCGAACAGCGUGUGCGACAAGAAAUACAAGUCAGCAUACUUUAUCACACAUAGCAAUCAAUGUACCUCCAAUACUAGGCUGUUUGUAUUACUUGUGAGAAUCUUUAAUGCGUGUUUGUGACAAAGGCGUUUCCCUAUGUCUCAUGUGACCACUGACUAGCAGGUUGAUCUCACGGCGUGAUGCGCACGGGUAAACUCUCAACAAACAAGAACGGUACACGGGGAAUAAUCCAAAUUUUCACGGAUCACGGGGCUCAGAGUCUGGCCUUUUGAUAAAACAUGUCUCGAGCCACAGAAUAUAAUCAUUGUAGGCUGGUAACGGGAGUCUUAGCAUUCGCGGUCGCUUGGUGUGUCUCCUAUGGUGACACUAACAGAUCUGCGCCAUCCGCUACACGCGACACACUAUCACGUGACACAGUGCUGUUCAAUGUUACAAAAGAAAUCGCCAAAGCGAGGCAAAGUCUGCAGGCCGUAACCGUGAAGCUUAACCAAGCAGAAGUGCGACUUAUACAGAUUGCUAAGAACAUUCAGAAGGGGCCGGAGCACAGAGGGUUUUUGGAACAUAAACUGGUUCAUCUUGAUUUUAAUGGUGCCCCUCCACGAAUGAGCUACCUUUUAGAGCUGGUUCCCUUUCUUCGCUCAUGGGGAGCAACGGGUUUUCUUAUUGAGUAUGUGGACAUGUUCCCUUUCACUGGUAAUCUGCAGUUUUUAACAAGUCAAGAGGCAUAUAGCCGCGAAGAAAUACUUCAGUUCCAAAGCGCCUGCUCAAGCUAUGGUCUCAUAGUGAUUCCGCUCGUGCAGACGUUUGGCCACCUGGAGUACGCACUAAGGCAUCCAAGGCUCGCUCACCUUCGUGAAACAGCACGUUACACUAACGUACUCUGCCCUAACAAGGAAGGGUCUGUGCCUUUGAUAAAGGAGAUCAUUGACCAGGUUGCCGAUCUGCAUCCACACUCCCAAUGGCUUCAUGUUGGAGGAGAUGAGGUCUAUAACCUCAAGACUUGUGAGUCGUGUAAGAUGGAUGUGCGUAACAAAAGCGCGAUCUUUCUACAUCACAUGCUUCCAGUACUGCGUCACGUGUCUAACCGUAACCUCUCGGCUAUCAUAUGGGAUGACAUGAUGAGGGACUGGGAACUACCACAACUCAGCCUAAUGAAAGGUCUCGUGGAACCAAUGUUAUGGGGAUACAAACCGACAUUACAAGGAUAUUUUUCUCAAGCUAUGCUGGAGCGAUACGUCGCCGUGUUUCCACGAGUGUGGUUAGCGAGUGCCUUCAAAGGUGCUCAUAAGCCCUUUGCCGACUUUGUUCCCAUCCGAGAUCGCCUAGACAACAACUUAAAGUACCUUGAACUAGCAACAAGCCUCCCUAAUACAACCAAAGUGAUGGGUAUUGCAUUAACCGGCUGGAGCAGAUACGACUAUUUUGGCACACUUUGCGAGCUGCUACCCGCGGGUAUUCCAUCCCUGGUCAUCUGCCUUACAGCACUGAACAGAGGACUUAUGGACGACAAUCUGUUGGAGGAUAUUUCAAGUCGUCUUGGUUUCAAAGAUAAAAUAGACAUCGAAGCAAAAGCUAUUUACAAUGAUGAGCUCUGCAAUGCCAAUUUCCCGGGUCACGAGAUCUACAAGAUAGUUUGCAAGCUGAGUAAGGCCUUGCACGCACUGGAUAUGACCAAGGAAACUGAGAAAGGCUGGAUGCUUCAUCGGCAGCUGCAGUCUCAAGCUCUGAGUUAUUUUCGAUUGGAGUCUGCUCGGAAACAAAGUGUAAGCUGUAUCAGUAAUAUGCGUAGUGUGAGAAGGGAGGCUAUGGCGGAACUUCCCAAAAUCUACUUUAACUCUACGGUGAAGGAGUGGAUUCAGGACAAAGUAAAUGAUAAUAUAGUGGAAGCGACGAAGAGUAAGAUGAUUAUCGAACGUGUUCAGAGUGAUUUUGAUAUGUUACUCAAGCAAGAAGAAAUCCGAGCAAAAAAAAGCAAGAAUGAACAAACAUUACCAAGUCAAGACUUACAAAACGGUGGCACGCUGGAAAAACAACUGCCGACUUUUUAGAGGAUAGUUAGGGACUCGCACUAUGAUUAUCCUGUGGCCUUACGAAUAAGAAAUAUAUGCCAUCUCCUGCCCCCCCCCCUUCCGCCCCCCCCCCCCCCCCCCCCGGAAUAAGCGCCUCGCCUAAGAGGAAAAAUAUGAACAAGCGCCUCGCCUAAGAAAGAUAAUAUGAGAUAAGCGCCUCGUCUAA